AUGGAGGAAUACCGUUAUCACCUGUUUGCAACAUGUGAGAGGGAAGCAGAGAGUAAGGACAUGGCACAAAUCCUCUGCAAGCACUUCAGUGUAAAAGGAAAAUCUGGAGGUGGAGACUGCAAGGUUUUUGAAAUCUCCUCUGGCUUAUUCUGUAUUUCAUUCAAAUCUGAGCAAGUUAGAGACCGAGUGAUGAAUCAAAGCCAAAAAAUAAUGAUGGCAAACUCAGAGGUUGUCAUAACAUUGCAUGAGUCACCAGUGCAAGCAAAGACUGUCCUUGAGAGAAAAGAGGAGAGUAAGCAACUCCUUAUUAACCUGGAAGAGAUUAGCAUUGCUGCCUGUGAAGUCUGUACAGCACAAAUACAGAUCCCCUUUGAGUCUGUGUACACUGACCUCUUAGAACCCCAUUAUUUAAAGAGCAUUCAGGAAGACUUCACUGAUGUAAACUUUCAGUUUGACAUAAGAACACUGAUGCUUCAAAUUACAGGGACUCCUCAAAGUGUAUCAUCUGCCAAAAGAGAUGUUAAUGAUGCGCUACGGAGGCUUAAAAGCAAAGAAAUCAACAUGGCCCCUGCUCUGACUACUUACCUAAAAUCCAGAGGAUCAGGAUUGGUUUCCAAAAUCUAUUUCCUUCCUGAAGAGAUAGCUGCCUCCAUUGAUGUACGCUUGAACAGCUCUGUAGUUAUACAUGGACUGUCUCACUAUGAUAUUAAAAGAGCAGAAAAUAUACUGAUAGAAGAUUUGGCCACAAAAGUGGUGAAGAUCCAUGAAGAGGAAGAUGUGUCUGUGGUCAACACAAAUAGUUUUGAGGAUUUUGUUGAGGCGCUGAACAAAACUUACACUGGAGUACAAGUCAGUGUUGUGGACAGCAAUGAAAACAAGCCUGUGUGUAUGGUGGCUGGAAGAAAGACAGAUCUAAGCUCAGUGGAAGAGAAGAUUCAUGAGUUCAUUCAUAAGCAAAGCAAGACGACUGUAAAUGUGGUACUAGAUGGAACCAUGGAGUUAAUAGAGCGCAUACCGCUGCUACUUGAUAAGCUCGAGCUAAGCCACCUCUCUGGAAGAGUCAAAUGGAAUCAAUAUUUGGAAACACUUGAACUGACAGGAACACAGAAAGAAAAUGAUGAAAAUAUGGAAUCCAUUAAAGAAAAAACUAAAGGCCUACAAUGCAAAACAGUCAUAAUAUGCCAACCAGGAGCAUAUUCAUAUUUCAAAGCAAAUGGCCAAGAGUUUUUGAACUUAUUACACUCAAUGCUGUCCUGCAUGGCAGUUCUCGAGACAGAACCCGGAAAAGUUAACCUGCAGGCUGGGAUUGAGAGAAAUCCUGCCAGCAAAGGCAAAGGCAGUGAUGUUCUUCUUCAUGAGGAAGACAAGGACAUGUGCUUGACUGCAGAUAACAUCAUUGUUAAGGCAACUAUUUCAGACAAACUGACUGAACUAUCAGAUGUCAUCAUUAAUCCUUUAUGUCGAUUUACUACUGAUAGUAAGAUCCUAAGUGCAGCUGGACCGAGGGUGAAGACUGAGCUUGCAAGGACAGUGCAAAGAAAUGCAAUAACACUGACUGGGCCCGGUGAUCUUCCUUGUCGACUGCUUGUCCAUAUUCCUUGCUUGUGUGGUCCCAAAGCUAAAGAAUAUCUCCAAGAUGCCAUUCAAGAGUGUCAGAAGAGAAAGUACAAAUCCAUCACAGUCUUACUUGAUGAAAAUGAGCUACAUCAGAUUGUAGAUGAGCAGAAAUUGGGGGAUUUUAUACAGAUGACCCUGCAAAAGAUGAAUGCAGGAGAAAUGAUGAGUGUUGUGUUUGCACAGCAGAGGUUUUUCCAGAGCUUUAAACGGGCUGCAGAGUCUGUCUAUAAGGAAAAGCACACCGGGAACAUGGAGUCUAAAGAUGAUCCUGAGUCUCUGCACAGGCAUUCAGUUCUGUGUGAACCUGCUGUUAUCCACGUCUUCUCCAAACAGAGCCGGCUGCGAGACAAAGCUAAAGCUGCAAUAGAGAAGCACUAUGCAGCAUUUCUUUCCACAGACAUGUUGAUUAACCCUCAUUUGCGUACCUGUGGUGACAAAGCUUUAGCAAAAAUCUGUCAGCUACAGGAGAAACAUAGCGUCAAUGUCAUUAUUGGGGAUGGUACUCUAACCUUCAAUGGCCUUGCUGUGAAAACAUCUAUUGCGAGAGAGGAGGCUGCUGAACUUAUAAAAGAAGAUGUAAAUCUAAAGCAGUUGGAGCACAAGAGAGAAGUGCUCCAGAACAUCCAGUGGGUCAUUAACGAUGAGGAAGUGGGCCCUGUGAAGUUGAGGUGUGAAGACAAUUAUGAUGUAGAAGUUCAAUACAUGUGCCUGCAUGAACCAAUAGAGGUGACAUACGAUGAUAAGACAUUCACUGUCAAUGUGUCAGACAUGAACGCUAUCAACAAAGAGACCUCUCAAGUGCAUCCAGUCCUGAGAACUGAGCUGAUAGUGGAAAGCUUCCCAGGCAAGUGGAGUGUGUCUGAAGAGAAAAAAUUCAAAAAGGUGGAAUUAGAAAUAGAUUCACUUGAGUACAUUUCAGUUGAGAGGCAAUUUAAUGAGACAUUAUCCAGCAAGAUUAUAAACAAGAUUGAGAGGAUUGAGAACAGGAACCUGUGGAAACGUUUCUCUUUAGACCUCACUGGAGAGGUAAAACUUCUCUUUUAUGGUCUCAAGCAUGCAGAUGUGGGAAAGGUGGAGAAAAAUGGAUUCUUCAGACCACCAGAGACUUUCUUCUCCUAUGAGACAGCUCAGGGAAGAGGCAUUUACUUCUAUGUCAAUGCAUCAUGUGCUCAGAGGAGAUGUGAAGCAGAUGCCCAAGGUCAGAAAGUAAUGUUUCUGGGUCGAGUUGAAACAGGCAUUUUUACUGUAGGGAGAAAAGGGAUCAAUAUGCCCCCACCAGUGGACCCCUCUGACCCAGGUGUCCUCUACCACAGUGUGGUGGACUACAAGAACAAUCCCAGUGUAUUUGUGGUGUUUAGUUCAGACAGAACUUAUCCUGAGUACUGUAUCAUGUUCUCUGAUGGCUUUUAAUGUAUGGAGUGUCUAUACCACCCACAGUGGUAGGUGUCCGUAUAGAGUUCCAAGAACAUUGUCAUAUCAGUUGCUUCACAAGUCACUUAUUGCUCUUUAAAGUUUAACAUUUGUGUCUUUUAUCUUUUGAAAUCUGUUCCUUUUCCUGCUAGCCACCAUUACUAAUCACCAAUUUUAGGCCUUAUCUGUUCAUACUGUUAAACUAUUAUACUGUCAUAUUGUUAUGUCAUUAAUAUAUUAAAAUUGCUUAGUAAGAGAGUAUAACAUAACAUUCAAUAAAACAGUAACCAAAUGACACAGAUAAGAUUGUAAGUUCUCAGAUUGUCAGUGAAAGGAUGUUUAAUUCAACUAUUUGGACACAGAGACAGACUUAUUAAUUUUAAGUUACUUUUUAUUUUAUUACAACUGUUUUACUUGGUGCUAAUUCUUCUACUGUAAUAUUUUAGUAGACAUCUUGAUUUUUCUAAAACCUUUAGUUUCAUAUUUCUUAUUAUCUAGGCUGGUUCUUUUACUAACUUUCAUGCAUUUUCAUUAUGUAUUUUAUUGCUAUUUUAUUCCUAUUUGAGCAGUUAUUU